AUGAGUCAAGAUAAAAAGGUAGAACAACAUAUUGCGGAUGAAAUUUUUAAACCUGAUGUCAUUGAAAUUUCGGAAUCACAUAUUAAUGAAAAUAAGAAUGUAAUAAUAACAAAACCAUUAAAUGAUAAACAAGAUGCACCUCAAGUACAAUUCCGAAUGGAAUUUGAUGAAUUAAGUGAAAAGAAAGAUAAAAGAUUAAAAGAUAUUUUAAGAAAUGAUGAAUAUCAAUUUAAUUAUCCUGUAUUUAAUUUUGAUCAAAAAGGAUAUCGUCGUAUUCCAUAUGUUGAUCCUAGAUUUGCAACAUUUGAACAACAAGUUGAAGAAUCAUUUUCAUUAAAUGUUGCCAAAAUGAGAGAUAUUGCAUCUUCACAUGAAAAGCCUUUAAUUUUAUCAUCUUUAGCAACAGCUGGUUUAUUAUGGAAGAAACCAAAAGAUAAAAUUACAGCUGCCAUGUUAUUUAUUACUAGUACAUUGGGUGUUAGUUAUUUAUACUUUUCAAAUAUGGGAUUUGGUAAUAUGAUUAAUAGAGUUAAUAUUGAAGCUUUUAGAAUUUUAAAUCAAGAAAAGAAAGCUUAUUUACUUAGUGACCAAGAAGUUCAAACUUCUCAACAAUUAAUUAAAUCUCAAAUUGAUAAAGAAAUGGAAGAAUUUAAAGAAAAGUACAAACAAGAAUAA